AUAGAUAGUAGUUCAGAUAGCAUAAUAAGUAUUUAUUACAGACACAUUAUAUAAUAUUUUUAAUGUGUCUAUUCACGUGAAUAAAAUCUGAGACAUAAAAAAGUGUUGUGUUAAAGUUUGUGAAUAGCAUAGUUUUAACACAUAAAUACUAUAAUAACCUAAUUAAAUAAAAAUAUACAUAUAAACCGUUAUACAGAUAUUGUAUAAGAACAAAAAUAGAAUGCCACGAAUGCCUUUACAUCUUGCUUCUGGAACAGGAGUUUCUUCAAAUUAUAAACAAAAGGCUAUAAGAUUUGUUAGAUAUGGUUGUGCUAACAGACCGUUUUACCACAUUGUUGUAAUCAAUAGAAAAUCACAACAAAAAAAUUGUCCGAUAGAACAAAUUGGAACAUAUGAUAAAUCGACAAAUGUCCACAAUGAAAAGCUUAUAGCUUUUAACUAUGAAAGAGUUCAACAUUGGAUUGGACAAGGAUCAAAAAUUUCUCAACCAUUUCUUGAAUUAUUAGGACUUGCUGGAAUGCUACCUAUUCAUCCAAAAACUUAUAUCAAUGCUUGGAGAAAUCGAACAUCUGAAAAAAAAGAAUGAUAUAUAUGAUAUAUUUCAAUAUAUUAAAAAAUAUU